AUGUUCGCGUCGCCCAUCUUCUGGCAGAUACGGUACCUCGUGACCAACCUCACCAAGAAGAAUCUCAAGAGCUCUGUCUCAGAGCUCAACCAGCUAAUCGAGUUAUACGGGGAAGAUGCGAGGGUGUUCCUCUUGCAGUGCCUGGUGGAAGAAACCGGGUUCAAAGAACAGAGAACACACGCGCACCACGGGAACAAGGACACUCAGAAGAUCCAGCUGCUACAGCACGAACUAGCGCAAGCAGCGGACAGGCCGAACUUCGUUAGCGCCAUCUGCAGGGCGCUAGAGGGGUCUUCGGGGGUAGGAGCGGGGGGAACGGGAGGAGGGGGGGGAAGGGACAGGGGGGAGCAGGGGCACGCGAGGCAGCGAGGCGGGGGAGCGCAGGGGCAACAGGGGCCCCACCGCAUCACCGAAGAGUUUCUUGCAGGCUUUUGCCGGGCGUUGAAACUCUCGCCGCAGCAGCAAGUCGCUGUCGCGCUCGGGCUUUCGCGCUCCGCGAACGCCGCGGUCGCAAGGGAAGGGGUCAAGUUCCUCGUCGCACGAGUUCCGGGGCUUGUUGGGGCGGGAGGCGGGCAGCUUAACCUGGAGGCUUUGCACUCGCUGCUGGAGCUUGUGAACUCGAACGAGGAAGUUUUUGAGCAGCCGGACUUGGCCAAGUCUCUGCUGGAACAGAUCAGGGAAGCCCACCAAGACUACCUCAGGGGCCUAGACGGGUCCACGGGCGCGUCGGGGGGAAAGGGACCCGCCGCAGGAGGAAGCGGGGGCGGGGAGGCAGGGAGAGGGUCGGGGGGGGACCAACAACAGGGGGGCAAGAGCCCGUCGGGGGGCUCCGCAGGAGGGGCGGGCGGAGGAGGAGGGGGGGGAGCACCGUCGUCUUCGGCGUGGUUGGAGGCGGACGCGCUAGCGCUAGCGCCGUUGUUUGCGGAGCACGCCUCUUCCGUGGGGGAGAUGAAUUUUCUCAACAAGACGCAGGGGGCCAUGUCUCUCGCCGCAGACGUGGCGGGGAUCGCCAGCGGCAUCGGGCGGGGCGGGAGCCUGGCCGGGUUCCUGAGGGACCUCGGGCACACUUGUUGCUCGACCCCGGCCGCGCUGCGGCAGGCAAUCAGGGAAAGUGGGGUGGUGGUCGACGAGCGCCAGGUGGCGCAGGUGAUGACAAUGUUGGCCAACAACUACAACAGCCCCAAGGGGCAAGGGGGAGACGACGGAGAGAUUUCGUCGGCGCUCACGAGCAGCCUCUUCUCGGCAGGAGAAGGGAAGAUGGCUGGCGACGCGGGCAGGGAUGCAGGGGGCCCCGCGGGGCAAGGACAGGGGCUGUGGAAGCUGGAGGUGGCUAGGCAGGUGCUGGCGGAGGACUACGGGCCGCGGUUGGACUGGGUGGCUGUGGCCAAGGCCCUGGACCACGAGAGGUUCAACAUUCCGGACCAGAACGCGCUGCGAGUGCUGCUGGCGCUGUACCGGGGCCCCGCGGGGCGCGACAUCCCGUUCGAGGCCCUGUACAUGCAGUGGCAGAACCGGCGGGGCCACCUGAGCCUCCUCCGAGUGGCCAUCCUUGCCCCGCCGCAGGUGUUCACGUUCGCGUCUUCGCCGUCCAAGCAGGCUCCCCUGGAGGGGGUGGAUCCCGGCGCGGCCACGCCGAACGGGGCCUGGCUCAGCCUCGACCUGGUGGCGUCGCUGCUGUCGCUCGCCAAUGACACGGAGCUGUACGCGCAGGUCCGUGACGUGUUCAGCAAGCCGGCGUACCAGUGCCCGGAGCUGCUGUUGCUAGCGCUGGCGGCGGUGCCAAGCGAGGCUGGGGGAAGCUUGAGGGUGGAGAUGCUGUCGCGGCUCCUCCCUCUGUACUUCAGGCCCAACCGGAACAAGCACGCCGCGGCUCUCAUUCGCAGGCUGUGGCAGGUCAACGCUCGGCUCGUGGUGCAGAGCGGGGUGAAGGCGUUCAACGUGGACAGCACUCUGCCCAGCGUUGUUUACGUGCUCCGCAUCAUGCGGCUGGUGCCGGACUGCGCCGCGGAGCUGCUGGGCGCCGACGACUGCGCCUUCGCGGUGGCGGUGGCCAGCGUUGUCUUCGGGGCGGAGCUCCCGCCGACCCCGAACGCGCCCCAGCCGCCGAGCCCCCUGCCGCCCCUCGACCUGGACAAGUGGGGCGCGGAGCGGCUUGGCAGGAAGGACCGGGAGGUGUUCGCGGCAAGGGUGCUGUCGUUUGUGCAGCUGCACUUCCCCACGGCGCGCAUGCGGCAGGCGGCGCAGAAGCCCGGGGAGACCCCGGGCGAGGGCAUGCUGCCGACGUGCGCCAUGUCCCUCGAGGCCGCCGCUAUCCUCCUCAAGGCGCUGGGAGCCACGGGGCUGGUGUCCCCCGCGGCGGAGGCACUGGCGAAGAAGAACCCGGGCAUCCAGGCGUCGGCGAAGCAGCUGGCGGAGGCCGGGAAGAAGAUGCACCCCACACUCAACCAGCUGCUGAACCCACCGGAGGAGAUCGAGUCGAUGGCAAACAGCUACUUCCAGAGGAUAUACACGGCGGAGCAAUCCAUCGAAGAGGUGAUCGCGAUGCUCGAGCGCUUCAAGUCCUCCUCGGACACGCGGGAGCAGGAGAUCUUCGCGUGCAUGGUUCACAACCUGUUCGAUGAGUAUCGCUUCUUCCACAACUACCCGGAGAAGGAGCUCCGUAUCACGGGCAUCCUGCUGGGCUCCCUCAUCCAGCACCAGCUGGUCAGCUCCAUCACCCUCGGCAUCGCCCUCCGCUACGUGCUGGAGGCUCUGCGCCGCGCGCCGGGGCCGGACCCCGCCGGCAAGAUGUUCCGGUUCGGGAUGUUCGCGCUGGAGCAGUUCAAGGGCCGCCUCGGGGAGUGGCCGCAGUACUGCAGCCACAUCGUGCAGAUCCCGCACCUGGUCGGGAACCACCCGGCCCUCGUGGAGGAGAUCGAGAGGUCCAUGCAGAGGCAGGGGGGCGGGGGGCCCGGCGGAGCGGGAGGUGCCGGCGGGGGCUCCGCCGCCGCCCCUGGCGCCGGGGCCGCUGCGGGUGCGGCGGAACCCACAGGGGUGGCGGCGGCGCUGGAGUCGAUCGUGGCCGCGGCGGCGCCGGGGAACCUGGCCCCAUCGGUGUCGGCGACGUCCGGC